GGCUUCCCAAGCCGGCGGGGCGCGCGGCGAUGCCCGUGGAGAGCACCUUUGGCAGCACGGUCCGGCCCCCGACGGCGGCCAGCGCGACAGGAACUUUCUCUUCGUAGGAGUCAUGACCGCCCAGAAAUACCUGCAGACCCGCGCCGUGGCCGCUUACAGAACGUGGUCCAAGACGAUUCCUGGGAAGGUCGAAUUCUUCUCCAGUGAGGGUUCGGACACAGCCAUCCCAAUCCCGAUUGUGCCACUACGGGGUGUAGACGACUCCUACCCCCCCCAGAAGAAAUCUUUCAUGAUGCUCAAGUUCAUGCAUGACCACUACUUGGACAAGUACGAAUGGUUUAUGAGAGCAGAUGACGAUGUUUACAUCAAAGGAGAUCGUCUGGAAAAUUUCCUGAGGAGUUUGAAUAGCAGUGAACCCCUCUUUCUUGGGCAGACAGGACUGGGCACCACAGGAGAAAUGGGAAAACUGGCCCUGGAGCCCGGCGAGAACUUCUGCAUGGGGGGGCCCGGCGUGAUCAUGAGCCGGGAGGUUCUGCGGAGGAUGGUGCCACACAUCGGAAAGUGCCUCCGGGAGAUGUACACCACCCACGAGGACGUGGAGGUGGGGAGAUGCGUGCGGAGGUUUGCGGGGGUCCAGUGCGUCUGGUCAUACGAGAUGCAGCAGCUUUUUUAUGAGAAUUAUGAACAGAACAAAAAGGGGUACAUUAGAGACCUCCAUAACAGUAAGAUCCACCGAGCCAUCACACUGCACCCCAACAAAAACCCCCCCUACCAGUACCGGCUCCACAGCUACAUGCUCAGCCGCAAGAUCGCCGAGCUCCGCCACCGCACCAUCCAGCUGCACCGAGAGAUUGUCCUGAUGAGCAGGUACAGCAACACCGAGGUCCAGAAGGAGGACCUGCAGCUGGGGCUCCCCCCUUCCUUUAUGAGGUUCCAGCCCCGCCAGCGGGAGGAGAUUCUCGAGUGGGAGUUUCUGACCGGGAAGUAUUUGUACUCUGCCGCCGAUGGCCAGCCCCCGCGGAGGGGGAUGGACUCCGCCCAGAGGGAGGCCUUGGACGACAUUGUCAUGCAGGUCAUGGAGAUGAUCAACGCCAACGCCAAGACCCGGGGCCGCAUCAUCGACUUCAAGGAGAUCCAGUACGGCUACCGGCGCGUGAACCCCAUGUACGGGGCCGAGUACAUCCUGGACCUGCUGCUGCUGUACAAGAGGCACAAGGGCAAGAAGAUGACGGUGCCCGUGCGGAGGCACGCCUACCUCCAGCAGACCUUCAGCAGGGUCCAGUUCGUGGAGCACGAGGAGCUGGACGCCAGGGAGCUGGCCAACAAGAUUAACCGGGAGUCCGGGUCCCUGUCCUUCCUCUCCGACUCCCUGAAGAAGCUUGUUCCCUUUCAGCUCCCCGGGUCCAAGAGUGAGUAUAAAGAGCCCAGAGAGAAAAAGAUAAACAUACUGAUUCCGCUGUCUGGACGUUUUGACAUGUUUGUGAGAUUUAUGGGGAACUUCGAGAAGACCUGUCUCAUCCCAAACCAGAACGUCAGGCUCGUCGUCCUCCUUUUUAACUCCGACUCCAACCCCGACAAGGCCAAACAAGUCGAACUCAUGCGGGACUACCGCGCCAAGUACCCGAAAGCCGACAUGCAGAUCCUGCCUGUGUCUGGAGAGUUCUCCAGAGCGCUGGCUCUCGAAGUGGGAUCUUCCCAGUUUCAUAACGAAUCUUUGCUCUUCUUCUGUGACGUCGACCUGGUGUUUACUACAGAAUUCCUUCAGCGAUGUCGAGCAAAUACUGUUCUGGGCCAACAAAUAUAUUUUCCCAUCAUCUUCAGCCAGUACGAUCCAAAGAUUGUUUAUAGUGGGAAAGUUCCCAGUGACAACCAUUUUGCCUUUACUCAGAAAACGGGCUUCUGGAGAAACUAUGGGUUUGGCAUUACUUGCAUUUAUAAGGGGGAUCUCGUCCGAGUAGGCGGCUUUGAUGUUUCCAUCCAAGGGUGGGGGCUGGAGGACGUGGACCUUUUCAACAAGGUGGUCCAGGCAGGGCUGAAGACGUUUAGAAGCCAAGAGGUCGGGGUGGUCCACGUCCACCACCCUGUCUUCUGCGAUCCCAAUCUUGAUCCCAGACAGUACAAAAUGUGCUUGGGGUCCAAAGCCUCAACGUAUGGGUCCACGCAGCAGCUGGCAGAAAUGUGGCUGGAGAAAAACGACCCCGGUUACAGUAAAAGCAGCAAUAAUAGCGGCUCAGUGAGGACAGCCUGAUGUCCAGCCCUGCUGGAAAAGACAUUUUUAAUUAUCUAAUUUAUUUUUCAGAAAUUUUUUGUAUGAUCAGUUUUUGAAGUCCAUAUGAGGUUAUAUUUUACACGUGAUUUUUCUUACAAAGGACUCUUUGGAGAUUGAGCUUUUUGAACAAAAAUGUGAUCAUGUUUGCCUUUGAGCACAUUUCUUGCUGGAUGUUAUGUAGCAGACCCGCUUAAUUAUGACUUGAAAUGUACCCGAUGGACACUUUUAAACAAAACAAAAACAAAAGCAGUUCCUUUCAGAUCCCUUUGCUACAGCCCUAUGGCCGUAAACAUGAACUUUCCUGCAAAGUAUUAUUGUAACAAGACACUGUAACUGUGGUAAAUGUUUUCUUGUAACUGUUAACUUUGCACAGAUUCUACCUUUGUCUUUUUUUUUUUUUAUUUUUUUUUUUAACCACGAUUUUGUUUUAAAGCCAUGUAGUGUUCCCCUAGUAAAGGAGAUGUGACAGUAGCCGUGUCAUCGCCUCAGGAGAGCUUUCCAAAGUCGAUUCUCCCCCACAAGCUUGUGCUCCUGUGGGCUCGCAGGGUUUGCGAAGCAAGAGAUGGAAAGCUCAGGCGGAGCCCUGGCUUCUCUGUGUGGCCUGCACAGACCUGGCGCUGAAGUUCAGGGAGGACUGGGCAUUUUCUGUCUUUUAAAUGUUAAUAUUUAGAAUGGCAGAGAAGAAUUCUAACAGAUCUGACGGGCGCAAGUUAAACAAAGCCACCCCGAUGACAACAUUGGGGAAGAAACCGAUCUUGUUCUGGCCCCUUCGUCCUGUCCUGCACUGUUUGUGGAGAUAGGUCUUCCAUUCUUUAACUCCUGUUUUGUUUUAUCCUUUGUCUCUGAAAUACCUUUAAUUUAUUUAAUAGCCAUUGUUUAGAGUGCUGCCAUUUCUCGAGUACCUAUUAGUUACUAGUAUUUAUGUGUAUCAGGGGUAUGUUUAGUACGUUUCAUUUGCAGUAAACUGAUCUCCAAAGAUUUCCUUUCGAAAAUGCUCCCCCCGCCCCUUAAUUUUUACAUUCCUCACCGUUUUACUAAAUAUUAAGUGUUCUUUGACAAUUUUGGUGCUCGCGUGUUUUGGGGACAGCAGUGAACUGAGUCUGUUCAUGACACCAGAAAGUUUGUUUGUUUUAAACUCACAGAUCAAAUGUGCCUUAAUAAAUUUCUUUUUCAUUUAGAUUCCAAACGGUAAUAGACUUGCCAUUUUAAUACUCACCAUUGGAGAUCUGCUUGUUUGUAAAUAGCCUAUUGCUCAUUUGGAAAAAUAAACCAGUGAACGGUAUUUUUCUAUUGUACUUUUCAGAACCAUUUUGUCUCAUUACCCCUGUUUUAGCUGAAGAAUUGUAUUACCUUCGGAGAGUAAAAAACUUCAAUGCUGA